AUGAACACGCACCACACAAACGGCAUCAGCUCUGCAGAGGGCACACUUCCCCUUCCUACAACCUCUCAGCAACAGCAGCGCGCUCAGUCAGACGGAGGGCCAGGCCUCAAUAGUAACGGCCACUCUCAAGAUUACUUUGCCCAACAGGCGCCAGUUCCUUCCACGCUUGAGACUCAGAGGGACUUUUCGUCUGCUGUUGAAAACAAAGUGGGCGACAGCUCCCACAACCAUCGCCAUAGCAACAGCAACAGCAACAACGACUUUAUCAGCAAUGCCACCUUUGCUACCGAACCUGUACCACCACCAUCAGUAUCAGAGCUCGCCUCUCAUUCGACAACCUCGCCUCUGCAACCUGUCUCGUCUUUGACCUCCGCACUUGCCCAAAAUCUCACGCUCGACCCAACAACUCACCUCCACCCGAUGACUGCAGAAGCAGGAGCAGGAGGAGCAGUGGAUGUGUUGGCGACGGAAAAUAUUGAUCCUGUCGCGUCCUACUCGGCCUGGCGCAAGAAGAAGGAUACAGAGACCCUUCAGGGGACCCAGGCAAUGAUGGAGACGUUCCUGAGACAACAUUCGGCAUACGAUGUCCUCCCUGUCAGCUACCGCCAGAUUGUCAUGGAUACCACCCUCUUGGUCAAGAAGGCCCUCUCUGUCCUGAUGCAAUACGGGAUCGUGUCGGCGCCACUUUGGGAUUCAACAAGACGCAAAUUCGCUGGCAUGUUGACCGCCACCGAUUUUAUCAACCUGAUCCAGUUUUAUUACUCGCAUUCGUCCUACUUGGUCGCCAGUCGGGAAAUGGAGCUCUUCCAGAUCUCACAACUGAGAGAUGUCGAGAAAGUCAUAGGCGUUCCACCACCAGAGCUGUUCUCGUUACACCCCCUCCAAUCUCUGUACGACGCUUGCCAUCUCUUGGUCGAGUCCAGGGCUCAUAGACUUCCCUUGGUGGAUGUAGACUCUGAGACGGGUGAGGAGAUGAUUGUCUCGGUGUUGACUCAAUAUCGAAUCUUGAAGUUUAUCGCCAUGAAUUACCAAGACGAAAAGACACUGCGGCAGCCAUUGUCAGAGCUCAAGAUUGGAAUCUACACUGAUUUGGCGGUAGCGGAUUUGUCAACGCCUGUGAUCGAGGUCAUUGAUAUGUUUGUCAAGCGGAAAAUCUCUUCCGUCCCGAUUGUGGAUGAAGAAGGUGUCGUGUUGAACGUGUACGAGACCGUUGAUGUGAUGACGUUGGUAAAGGCAGGAGUGUAUAGGGAUCUGGACUUGUGUGUUGCAGAGGCGUUGCUCCGACGACCUGAGGACUUUGCGGGCGUCCAUACGUGUACUCUGAACGACAGUCUCUCGUCGAUCUUUGGAACCAUCCGCAAAUCGCAGGUGCAUCGGUUGAUUGUUGUCGACAGUGAGAACAAGCUCAAGGGCAUUGUCAGUCUUUCGGAUAUUAUGCGGUACCUCAUUGGCGGCAGCCGGGAUGAUGCUGGUGCUGCCGGUCGAGAGGAGGAGGAGGAGGGUGAUGUGGAUUCUGCGCCUGUAACAACGACGGAUGUUGAGGGCUCCGGUGCUGGGGAACGUGGUGUUGAUGAGAAGUGA